AUUUCAAUUUCAUUCUGAAAUCUCCCUCGUCCUGAAGUUUCGAAGAGAAGAAGCUCACCUCUCAUAUCAUACGAAUCCCAAUUCCCAAGCACAAACCCUAAUUCCCAAAUUUCAUCACCACAUCAAUCAUCCGUAUCAAUCUCAGCCACUUCAUCAAACCCGAAUCGGCGGCGAACUCUUCUCCACUCUCUCAUUCCGAUUCUGUGCUCUCAGUUGUUCGGUCGAACUCACCAACCCAGUGCUUGUGUAUGUGACUAGGUUUGUUAGAAGAGAAUGAAGCAAUCAAAGGAUCCAUUCGAAGCUGCAUUUGUGGAAUCACCACCUGAAUCCCCUGUUGAAAUCGAGGCUGAGGUAGAUGCUGAGGCACAAAACCCUGCAUCUAGUUCUGGGGUUGCACAAGUCACCCAAGCUCAGGAAGACUAUGGUCUCGGGAAAAAGCCGAGUAAAACAGGCACAGGCACAAGUGGUGGUGGCAAGAAUAAAGAUGAUGAUGAGGAAGAGGAGGAGGACAACAUGGAUGUUGAGCUUACCAAGCUCCAGCCCACCGGUGACCCCCAAAAAAUGGCCAAGAUGCAGGCUAUUUUGUCACAAUUCACUGAAGAACAGAUGAGCAGAUAUGAGUCUUUUAGGAGGGCUGGAUUCCAGAAAGCUAACAUGAAAAGGUUAUUAGCAAGCAUCACUGGGACCCAGAAAAUUACUAUACCAAUAACAAUUGUAGUAUCAGGGAUCGCAAAAAUGUUUGUUGGUGAAGUUGUGGAAACAGCUAGAAUAGUUAUCAAAGAGAGGAAGGAAUCUGGACCUAUCCGGCCAUGUCAUCUGAGAGAAGCAUAUAGACGACUAAAGCUUGAAGGGAAAGUCUUUAAGAGAUCAGUCCCUAGGCUUUUCCGGUAAAUGGAUUACAUCUGAAUUUUGUGGAUAAUAUCACUGGUUUGCAACAGUGGCUUGCAGGUAGAAAAAGAUUGUGUUAAUACCUUCAUAUUACUUCAUAUUGAUAUCCAGUUAUUAGAAUGAUUGUAGCAUCCAGCUAGGUCCUGUGCUUUCUGGCUCUUCCCCCUUCCCUUUGAUAAAAAAAAGAAUGAGUAAUGUUAGUAGGUAUGUAAAAUGGGAAACAUUUGCCCCCAUUUCUAUAAAUAUGAAAUAUGCAAUGGACACAAUUAUUGGA